UCCUCUUCGGAGUCACCCGCCAUCAUCAAACCCUCGCUCGAAUCAAAAAGUCCUUCACUUCCUUGUCAUUAUCUGAUCCAAAGCUUCCCUUUUCUGCUUCACCCUUCCAAGUUGUACUUCCACAUCUUCCGCUACCACACCCCCUCCUGCUCAAUCGCCAAUUAUGGAGAGCCCUCGACAGUCUGAUGCAAGCACUCCAGUGGAGCCCAAUUCCCCGGGCUUCGUGGAUACGCCGGCGACGCAGUCAUCCGUGUUGUUUGAUGGCAAUCUUGAAGAGUUGCUGCGCAACUUUCCCCUUGAUCAGUACAUCCUCGUGACAGGGGGUCUCGGGUUCAUCGGAAGUCACACAACAUUGGAGCUACUCAAAGCCAAUUAUAAUGUAAUCGUGAUCGACAAUCUCAGCAACUCCUUCGAGAACGUCUUCGACCGCAUCAAGCAGCUGGCGUCCAAGCAUCAUGAGCAACAAGGAACAUGCAUGCCCUCCUUGCAGUUGCACGCUCAUGACUUCCGGGAUACUGUUGCUCUCCGCGAGCUUCUCGAUCAGUAUCAGGCCCCGUCCCGUUGGGGUUCCCCCAGGUCCAAGAUCGCUGGCGUCAUCCAUUUCGCUGCUUACAAAGCAGUGGAAGAGAGCAUCCGCAACCCUCUGAAGUACUAUGCAAAUAACGUUAGUGGUCUCAUUGACUUUGCCACCACCCUGGGUGACUAUGGCAUCAAGACCUUCAUCUUCUCUUCAUCUGCCACUGUCUAUGGCACACUAGCAACCUCCGGUCUGCCGCUGAAAGAGGAACUUUGUGUCCACAAAGAGGAAACCUUCCAGGACCACAAUGGAUCUGAGCAACUCGUCAAGCCCGGGUGCACCGGCAUCACCAACCCAUAUGGCCGCACCAAGUGGAUCUGUGAGGCCAUCUUGGCCGAUCUCGCGGCCUCCGACCCAGAAUGGACCAUCGUGGCUCUUCGGUAUUUCAACCCCAUCGGCUGCGAUGAGUCCGGUCUCCUUGGCGAGGACCCACGCCAAAUACCUACCAAUCUCCUCCCGGUCGUUGUGAAGGUCAUGACGGGGCAGUAUGCGGAGCUGCAAAUGUUCGGCACCGACUGGGACACCGAGGACGGAACAGCCGUCCGCGACUUCAUUCACGUCACCGAUCUCGCCCGAGGGCACAUCGCUGCCCUCAGUGCCGCCAAUGGGGGCAAGCUAGUUGAGAACUUCCGUACCUUCAACUUGGGUACGGGACGCGGUCACUCGGUGAUGGAGGUUGUGAACACCAUGGAAAGCGUGUCUUCUAAGCCUAUUCCCCGAAAAGCAGCCGGGCGUCGUGCCGGCGAUGUUGGCUCGUGUGUCGCAGUGGCCACUAGGUCACAGAACGAGCUCGAGUGGAAAACUGAGAAGACGCUGAAAGACGCGUGUGUGAGCCUGUGUAAUUUCCUUAAUGUCAGUGGCCUCUCUUCAUAGGCUUUAAUCAUGUUUUAAUCAUCGUGUUUCAUCUAUGUGGCGCUUGGUAUGGGUUUUCUUAUUUCACGACUCUCGAAUGUUAUCCUGUGACUGUCAUAAUUUCUUCUUGGUUGGCUUUUUUUCUACCGUAUAUCCCCCUCACCUUAAUUCUUGUUCGUGC